AAGGCGCCAGAUUUAGGCUCUGGUCCGAAAGGGCGUGGGUUCAAAUCCCACAGCUGUCAUAUAUUCAUUUUUUUUGUUUAUAUAUUUCAGAGUGAGAAAUAAUAUCUAAGCAAUAAACGAAUUUGUUCGAAAAAAUCAAAUAAGGCAGAACCAUGUUUGUUAUGGUACGGCGCGUAGUUGAUCUUAAAUAUAGUUGUGACCAAAUAUAUGUCUCGGCGAGAUUCAGACAUUCAGUACAACAAUCAACUAUGAAAGAAUCUUCAGCGCGUAGCUUGUACAACAAAAACUCAGCUGCAUAAGCAAGAAUUAAAAAGAAAACAUAUAUCACGAUAGGGGAAGAUAAUUUAAAGGAACAAACCAACAAACCCUCUACCGGCAUCCGAGUUCUUCUCAGUUGCUUCCUUUUAAUCAAAUUACCAUUCCACCUCGUUUGGAGUUUUCUCUACACCAAUCCGUUUUAUUUAACACCACAUAUAUUAAUCAGACGGAUUCUCUAAGGAGGAGAGCCAGAGUUCAUGUUACAUAGACUAGCUUUUGCUCACAAGUCAGCAGAAGCAUUACAUGCUCUUGAAUGAACGAAAAGGAACAGGCGAUAAAAGAAGAAGAUAGAUGCUCCAUAUCCCAUUCCAUUACAUCGUUGAAUAACCAACUCGACUUAAUUCGGUUAUCUUCAACUUAACCAAACCCGAAUCGGAUCUCUCGUUUAACAUUAUCAAGAGCAAUUAUUCUAGAACGGAAUGGUUGGAAUUUUGAUAAAGAAUUCGCUUUAGGUCAAUGUUUAUUUCUUUAUAAAUUUUUACUAAAUUAUAGAGUCAUGUUCCACUUACCUACGUCCCCUUGCAUUAUAAAAUGACCAUGCAUGUCCAGUCUCCCGAGGAUGACUUUGGUCCAGUGGACACAAAUAUGGACCAACGGUAGUUGAACAGAGAAUUGGAAAUCAAAAGAAAAAGUAUUAUUGGAAAUCCUUUUUCUACUAAGAAAUAGAUCUUUGGGAAUUGGGAUCAUGUUAUGAAACUUUUUCAUUCAAAAAGUUCCCGGAAAAUUCCUAUGAAUUGUAAAAGGUAGUAGUUAAAUUAUUUGUUUCCUUCCUAAGUUCAUAUACGUAUAAUUAUUAUUUAUAUAAUCACUAGUUGCUGACUAAUUGUUUUUUUAUGAACGAUCUAAUCACAAGUCACCCAUUUCUACUAACCAACGAGGAAGAAGCAAUAUAACAUUUUCUUAUUCCCGUUUAUAUUAUACUCCCUAGUUGGUUACUCAUCUUUCGCUUUUGAACUCUUAAUUAUCACCAUGUUCUCCUACUAACACAAACUCAGAGAUUACUCUUAGUAUUCAGUCUUUGCAACGUUUUAUUUUAUAUCUCUUUAUUCCAAUGGCGCAGAGGUUGCAAUUGAUCUUCCUCCUUGCUUCAUAUUUGUUCUUCUCGGGAGUGUUGUCAAUAAGUAUCCUUACCAUAGAGAACAAAUGCAACCAAACAGUUUGGCCAGUUAUCUUCUCAUGGAAAUCACAGCUCACCACCACCGGCUUCACUCUCCGGAGAGGCGAGGCGCGUGCCCUACAAGCGCCAUCGUCAUGGUACGGUCUUAUAUCCGGUAGGACGCUUUGCUCAAACGACUCAACAGGAAACUUCACAUGCGCCACGGGAGACUGCGAGUCAAACACCAUCGAGUGUCUAGGCUCAUACGGUUGGUCUAAGGUGACUUAUGUCUACUUUAGAAUCGAUUACGGCGGAACCAACAGCCACAUCAUCAGUCUUGAGCACGGUUACAACCUUCCUGUGAUGGUGGCCCCAUCACAGAGUAGUCCGACGUGCUUUAGCUCGGGUUGUAUGGCUGACUUGAACAGGACGUGCCCAGAUAAUCUUAAGAUAUUUGACGGUGCUAAACCAACCAGUUGUAGUAGCGCGUGCAAACAAUCCCGAACACCGGAAGAUUGUUGCACAAACUACUUCCAGUCAAAGCAAAACUGCAAGCCGACAGUAUACACGCAGAACUUUGAGUUAGCUUGCCCAUACGCAUAUAGCUACCCUUACAACGAUAAUAACAGCACAUUUACAUGCCCAAACUCGACUAACUACGUUAUUACGUUUUGCCCAUCCUCUAUUCCCGACAUUCCCAGAAGCUCAAUGGCAGGAGGGAAAGAAAGUUCUGUACGGAAGUUAGGACCCAUACUCGGAGGUAUAGCAGCUGUAGCUUUGAUAAUCAUCAUUGUUGCGAUUGUGGUAGUGGUGAGAAGAAGGCGUUAUUCGACCGACGAGAACAUUGAAGCGGCUAUAAUGUUGAAACGAUAUAGUUACGAAAACGUCAAGGACAUGACAAACUCGUUUGCUCAUGUUCUAGGGAAAGGAGGAUUUGGAACAGUCUAUAAAGGAAAACUACCCGAUGCUAGCGGCCGAGAUAUUGCACUAAAGAUCUUGGAUGAUUCAAAGGGCAAUGGAGAAGAUUUCAUCAAUGAAUUAGCCAGCAUGAGUAGAGCAUCUCAUGUUAAUAUCGUCUCUCUGUUUGGAUUCUGCUAUGAAGGGAGCAAGAGAGCUAUCGUCUACGAGUUCAUGCCCAAUGGAUCACUCGACAAGUAUAUCUCGCAGAAUAUGUCAACCAAGAUGGACUGGAAAAAUUUAUACAACAUUGCGGUUGGCGUAGCUCGUGGGUUAGAGUACUUGCACAACAGUUGUGUAUCGAAGAUUGUGCAUUUCGAUAUAAAGCCACAAAACAUACUCAUGGAUGGAGAUUUAUGCCCGAAGAUUUCAGACUUUGGCCUUGCUAAGCUAUGCAAAAACAAAGAGAGUAUCGUGUCGUUGCUGGACGCAAGAGGGACAAUAGGUUACAUUGCUCCUGAAGUGUUUUCCAAGAACUUUGGUGAAGCGUCGCAUAAGUCAGAUGUGUAUAGCUAUGGAAUGGUGGUUCUCGAGAUGAUCGGGGCAAAGAACAAAAGAAGAGCUGAAACUUCUAGGUCCAAUCCAAGUUCAAUGAACUUUCCGGAAUGGAUCUAUGAUGAUCUCGAGAGGAAGGAAACUGUUAGACUUGUGGGAGAUCAUAUAAUGGAAGAAGAAGAAGAGAAGAUAGUGAAGAAAAUGGCGUUGGUGGGUUUGUGGUGUAUUCAGACCAAUCCAUCUGAUCGUCCACCAAUAAGAAAAGUCAUUGGAAUGUUAGAGGGAAGUCUAGAAGCUCUCCAGGUACCACCCAAGCCUCUCUUUGAUUCACAUCUGGUAGCGGCUUGGGAAACUAUUAAGGACAGCCAAGAUACUUCUAGUAUCUCAACACAAAGCUUGUUAGAGAGAAAAGCUCUUAGGCCCGGCCAAGAUACUUUAAUCGUUUCCAGAGAAGAGGUUUAAGAUAGUGUGAAACAGAAACAAGAUAUUUCAUUUUCCUCGUACGUAAAACCAAAGCCAACAAGAAAGUCAUCAAAAUCUUGGGAUCUGCUUGUUGGUUUCUUGAUGAAACUUAUAUAAUUUUUUGUUGAUUAUUAACGUUUUACAAUUAUUUUAGUGUGAAGUUGUGUUAGAAUUAUA